CAAGACUUGGUUUCAACCUUACCUGCUCAAGGUGAGGGGUCAAUCAAAACACCAACAAAGCAAAGCAAGAAAAGUUAUAUAGCUACACCUAUGAAGAAAAAGCCAUUUUAAAAAAAAGCUGAUUUCAUAAAGCAAUACUAGUGUACUACUACCUUUUUCUCUCUCUCCCUCCCUCUUUCCUCCUUCUGUUUUUUUGCUAUUAUCACCUCCCUUCUUUCUUUCCACGAAUAAAGCUGAAAAUCCACUCACUAUUACAAUCUUCACCACCACCACAACCACCACCACCUGUACUGUACCUCACUGCACAGAUUCCCUCAAACCUCCACCCAUGUUAGACAACAACAACACUACAAAUUCUUCUUCUGAUACUGCUUUUGCAUUAUCAGAAAAUGGAGGUGCUAAUAGUAAUAACAAAAGAAAAAGAAGACCAGCAGGCACACCAGAUCCAGAUGCUGAAGUUGUGUCUCUUUCACCAAAGACUUUGUUAGAAUCUGAUAGAUAUGUAUGUGAGAUCUGCAACCAAGGUUUUCAAAGAGACCAGAAUCUUCAAAUGCAUAGAAGAAGACACAAGGUACCAUGGAAACUACUCAAGAGAGAAACAACACAAGGGUUAAAAAAGAGAGUUUUUGUUUGUCCAGAACCUAGUUGUUUGCACCAUGAUCCUUGUCAUGCUCUAGGUGACCUUGUUGGAAUCAAAAAACAUUUUAGAAGAAAACAUAGUAAUCACAAACAAUGGGUUUGUGAAAAAUGCAACAAAGGUUAUGCUGUUCAAUCUGAUUAUAAAGCUCAUAUCAAAACAUGUGGUACUAGAGGACAUUCGUGUGAUUGUGGCCGUGUCUUUUCCAGGGUGGAGAGUUUCAUAGAACAUCAAGAUGCAUGCAAUGUGAGAGGGAAGAAUCAACAACCAGAGUUUCAAGCAACAACAAUGCAGCCUGCAUGUUCUUCUAGAACAGCAUCAAGCACAAGUCCAUCAAGUGAGGCAAAUUUUAGUGUGUCAGCCCCAUUACAAGGACUACCAAUUAUCCUUCCAAAACCCUUUGAUAAACCUUCCACCUCUCACCAACAUAACUUAGAACUUCAACUCUUGUUACCCUCUUCUACAAACCCUCGAGCCGAAAAACAAAAAUCGAACCACCAAAACUACGAAACAACGCAUUUGAAACUUUCGAUAGGAAGCAAUACUAAUAACGAAUCAGAGAAACAAAGGAACUCCAUUUCCACCACCUCUACUACAUUGGAAGUAACAAGGUUGAAGGAGUACAACACUGAGGAGCUAAAGUUGGCAAUGGCAGAAAAGGGCUAUGCAGAAGAAGCUAGAAAAGAAGCUAAAAGACAGAUUGAAAUAGCUGAAGUUGAGUUUGAGAAUGCUAAAAGGAUAAGAAAACAAGCACAAGAUGAACUUGGAAAAGCAGAAGCUUUGAGAAAACAAGCUGUUAAGAAAAUAAGCAACACUGUCAUGGAAAUAACAUGUCAAGCUUGUAAACAAAACUUCCAAUCUUCAACUUCUGGUGUUCCUUCAGAAGAAACAUCCAUUGUUAUAGGUUACAUGUCCUCAGCCACCACAGAAGGAGAAGCAGAAUAAACCAUAUGGUUCUUUCUUUCCUCAUUCAUUUUUUUCCUUCAUUUGCAUUACAUAUUCUUUAUUAGAAAAGGUUGUGGAGAUGCAGUUUUUAGGACUUAGAGAGUUUCAUUGCUCAACAGUUUCUGACAGCUGUUGAACAAGGUUUGCUUUAAAUGUUUUGUAACUUUUUUGCACUUUUGUUAUUUUGACACAUUCAUGUUCAUUUGUUGUAUUCAAAAUCAAAACAUCAAAAUAAUAUUUGAAGUUAGCUUUACAUUUAUUCCUAAUACUUUACAAAACUACAUUAGAGGCAAUGCAUGCAUGUGGUGAAGAAGAAGAAAAAAAAUAAGACAAAAUUAUUAAUGUUGUUGAAAAUGGACCCUUUAUAAUAUAAAUUAAUUGAAUGACACAUGUGACAUUCAUCUGGGUGAAUGAUGGCAGUAGGUUGGGGACCAUAUUAUUUUUCUAUACAAAAUAUAAGAAACUGAGGAGGGGCUAUAUAAAUAUACCACUUUUGAUGAGAGAAAAUAAAGGGUCAUUUUCUAUGUGUUACAUAAAAAGACAGAUGCAUGUUUUUCAGUGCCAUAGUUGAAAUAGGCAUUCGUCUCUCUCAACAUAAACAAACACACACAAAGGUCUAAAGAGGCACAUGGUUUUAACAGAGGGGAGAGGUUGCAGUGUCAGCAGUAUAGUAUAGGGUGAGUCAGUAAAGUUGCUUU